GAAGUGGGCGCAGAGUGGCACUUGAACGACCAUCAUAAAGUCCACUUGCGUUUGAGUUGACAGUGGGCAGCGAAGAAGAGGAGUAGAGGAGAGCGAAGAACGGAACUGAAAGAGAGGUGGUAGCCGGGGGAGAGAGAGAGAGAGAGAGAAUGUGCGGGAGAGCUCGCUGUACUCUCAGAGCCGACGACAUUCCUAGGGCUUGUUACCUCAACACGAACUCUGUCCGUACAGUACACAUGGACCGGUAUCGCCCGUCAAGUAAUGUUCCACCUGGAUCAUAUCUGCCAGUGGUUCGGAUAGGAGAUGGUUCUGAUGGUCAAGGUGCUGUUGUUCAUUGCAUGAGAUGGGGACUCGUUCCUAGUUUCACCAAGAAAACUGAAAAACCAAAUCACUAUAGGAUGUUCAAUGCUCGGUCUGAGUCAAUACAUGAAAAGUCUUCUUUCCGUCGUUUGGUUCCCAACAGCAGAUGCCUUGUGGCAGUAGAAGGAUUUUAUGAAUGGAAGAAGGAUGGGUCGAAAAAGCAGCCUUACUACAUUCAUUUUAAGGAUGGUCGACCUCUUGUGUUUGCUGCUCUUUAUGAUUCAUGGGAAAACUUUGAAGGAGAGGUUCUUUAUACUUUGACAAUUCUGACUACUUCGUCAUCAUCAGCUUUACAGUGGCUGCAUGAUAGGAUGCCUGUUAUAUUUGGUGACAAGGGGUCAGCUGCUGCAUGGCUAUAUGGCAGCUCUUCUUCUAAGUUUGAUAUGUUGCUUAAACCAUAUGAAGAGCCAGAUUUGGGUUGGUACCCAGUGACACCUGCAGUGGGUAAUCCAUCUUUUGAUGGACCGGAGUGCAUCAAGGAGAUACAGUUGAAGACUGAGGAUAAAAACUCAAUCACACAAUACUUCUCAAAAAAGGACAAUGAAAAUGAACGAGAGUUGACGCAAGCUGAGGAUCCAUUUAUAAAACCUGUCAGGACAAAUCAGAUACAGUUGAAGACUGAGGAGAAAAACUCAAUAACAAAAUACUUUCCAAAAAAGGAAAAUGAAAAUGAACGAGAGUUGACCCAAGCUGAGGAUCCAUUUAAAAAAUCUGUCAGGACAAAUCAGGUGAAAAGCUUGAGAGUGGAAACUGUAGACACCAGAAAACUUGCAUGCUCUGCUGAAGAAGCCGGGGAUGAUUCGAAAUCCACUGUUUCUGUACUUCACCAUGAGAGAGAUCUCCUGUUUCAUCCCAAGCGGGACUAUGAGGAGUUUUCAGCUGAUUCGUAUCCUGCUAUUUACAACUGCAAUGAUAAGUGUUCACCAAGAAAAAAGGGAAACUUUGAGAGAGCAGGAGAUAAACAGCCGAAGUUUUCCUACUUUGGAAAACGCUAGUCAUGAGAACACAUUAUCAUGAAUGUGUUGUAUGUAUAUAGAAUAUUUUGACAACUAUGGUUCUUUGAGCCGCAAGACUCCUGCUUUGCGAGGGUAGGAACAGAGUAGUCGCAGUGUAUGCAGCCUUACUCCUAUUUUUUUGCAGAGAGACUAUAUCUUUGGACUUGAACCCAUGAUCAACUGGUCAUAAAGAGCAACCUUACCCUUGCUUUAAGGAGCAACCUUUUGUUGUAGGAAGAAAGAAAAAAAAAAAAGAAUAGAAGUGGAAUAUCCUUGAAGUUGAACUUUUUCCCCUGUAAGCAAGUCGAGCACCGUUUCUUAGGGUGAUUGUUUUGAUUUUUUAAAUCAUUUUGGGGUGUCUUUAUGAUCAUAAAAUGAUCAAAAUGAUAAAAUAUUUUGCAA